AUGCCUGACCACAGUCGUGCUGGAGAUGGCAAGAAGACUGUUUCUCGAAAAUCCGUCAAACGUGACGCAGAUCGACUGCAGACACUUCUAUACUCCUCACCUACCAGCCUUGCUGCCCGGAAUAAUGCCCUAGAUCUUUCCGAUAUCUCGCAGAGCGCCUCUAGGUCCGCUUCUCGAAACGUCUCACGCAAUGUUUCUCGAAAUAUCUCUCGGGUCCAAUCUCGAGAAGAGUCUCGUGUUCCAAGCAGAGAGCAAUCUGAUGAUGAAUUAGAAACCGGCAGUGAGAGCGGCGAAACUAGCCUAAGUACCGUAUCCUUUGACGAGCGGCUCGGCGAGAUCUCGGAAUCUGGCGCUAACAUAGACCGAUCUUUACCUGGUCUAAUUGAAGAUCUUGUCGACCGCAAACACGACAGCCUUCGAUAUCGCGAAGAAAACUUGUUAGCAUAUUCGCGCAUCCUUGCCCACCAUUAUGCCGCAGAAGAGUUAGAAGACCAUGUGGAUGAUCUGCUCAUAGUUUUUAUGCAGAGCAUCCAACAAGAGUCCUCCGAAAAAGAGACAGUACUGGCUCUCAGGUCGGCCUCUCUGACUGCCGUGACAUCACUGGAUGGUGCUAUUUACAGCCGGGUGAGCAGCCUGGUGAAACAGAAAAUUACUGGCGCUUCUUCAUUGCCAGUUAAAGUUGCCGCCCUCCGUUGCUUAGGUGCAUGUACAUACUUUGGUGGGGCGGGGGAAGAAGAGAUCAUUGACGAGCUGGAAUUUUUGAUUGAAAUUGUCACGUCGAACGGCCAUUUCGCUGAUGCCCCAGAUGACCCAGAAAUAGUUGUCACUGCAUUGCAAGAAUGGGGCCUCCUCGCCACACGAGCAGAAAGUCUAGAAGAGUUGAGCGAGGAUGCAGUGGAAGCGUUUGCUGACCAGCUCGAAAACAGCGACACAGAUGUACAGGUCGCUGCCGGUCAAAACAUCGCCCUCCUCUAUGAACGAAGCUUUUCGACUCUAAGGGAAGACGACGAACUUAAUGAACGUGACCUACAGAUAUCUCUUGACGACAUAUCCAAAGCCGACUACAAAGACGACAACGGCACUCUCCUCGUGCAGCACUAUAAACCAUACCACGACACCCCCAAAAUCGAGCAAAAAGUCCGCCAUCUGUCCAACGUCUCCGGCCAGCGCGCCAGCAAGAAGUCCAAGCGCUCGCUCCAUAUGCACUUCGAUGCGAUCCUAACCACUAUCGAGAACCCCUGCCACGGCCCACGCUACGGAAAGCUUAUGGAGAACGAGAAAAGUGAAAGCUACGGCGAGCGCACACAGGUGAAAUUCCGCCGCUUCGCCCCCCUCAAUGUCAACAGAUGGUGGAAAUGGAUGCGACUAGUCGCCCUGCAGCGACUUCUGGAAGGCGGUGUGAUUGAGCAUUUGCAAGCCGGUAGCCCCGCGAUCACUAACAAUUUACCGGGACUGUCCAUGGAAGCUCCUCCUCCUGUGAAGCGCCCAAAGCAGACGCGAAGCAAGGGGAAGGAAAAGAGAGCUGUGGACCCGAUGAAGGCUCCAAGUGGUAGGAGUGGAGAAAUGGAGAUGUUAUUUGAUACCUUGCACGUCUGA